CACACAACAUCAGACCAACCCUCUAACAUCCCAUUGGCUAAACGUCACAACUGUGUCACGAUGUGGGAGUGGCCGCUCGGCGGGCAUAUAAGGCCGAGAGACACCCCGCGGCAGUCGCCAUGGGCCCGCUCGCCGUGCUGAAGGUCGCCUCGAUGCUGCUGCUGACCGCCAGAGGACUCCGGAUCAACGACACCGCCUCGCCUAAGAUCACGGAGAAGGCCGUGGGAGAGAAUGUGGAUCUGGACUGCCGGUUCUCCACUGCCCCGGAGGAUACGGGGCCCUUGGAGGUCGAAUGGAGCGUGAAGUCCGUACGCCACCCGAUGGAAGUUGCAGAGGUGCUGCUCUACUCCGACGGGCAGAUCUACGACGAUUACUACCAGCCUUUGAAGGGCAGGGUCAGCUUCCGGGCGGAGGACCCCGGGCGGGGAGACGCCACCAUCCACCUUUUGCUGCUGACUCCCUCAGACUCUGGCAUCUACAAGUGCCAGGUCAAGAAGAUUCCAGGCAUCCAGAACGUCAAGAAAGUCCUGAGAGUGCUCAAGAAGCCAUCGAAGCCCCAGUGUUAUUACACCACGGGGGGGGAUGCGGGGGUCGGGAAUCCGAAAGUGCUACACUGUGGAUCUCAGGAAGGUGCAGCACCGAUCACGUACUUCUGGAGAAGGGAACCGAUCUCGAGGCGCCUACCGGCCUCUGCGAUGACAGACCAUGCGGCGGGCACGCUCACCAUCCCGGACGCUGGCCAGAGCGACGGAGGGACUUACGUAUGUACUGCCAAGAAUCGUGUCGGUGUGGAGGAGUGCUUCCUGGAAUUCUACGUAACCCAAACUCCACCGGUGGGACCGAUUGUGGGAGGUGUGGCAGGCGUGGCAGGCGCCCUGAUUGCCUUAGGGCUCAUCACCUACUUCCUGAAACGCCGGCUGCGAGGGUCAGAGGCUGAACCGGCCCCCAAUGACAUUGUAGUAGAUGCCAGUCCCCCAAGACGCAGGGUUAGGUUUGCAGCUGAGAUGGCACAAAACCCUUUCCCCCCGCCCCCCACCCCCUUCUGA